GCCCGGGCUUUCGCUGCGGGCAACAGCCGCGCCCUGUUUCAACUGGUUCGAUCAACCGGUAUAAGGCAGGCAGGUGUCAGUCAAACAAUACGUGAGAAAGACGGAACAGUAAUCCACUCUCUCACUCGUCGUCUUGAGCGGUGGGCUGAGCACUUCCAAGAACAGCUGACGUGGUCUCCUUCAACACGAUUGUUGGAAGAGCUCAGCGUACCUGAAUGGAACAUUGACACAAACCGACCAUCAGCAACCGAAGUCCAGCGUGAUAUAUCAAUCCUGAGGCGCGACAAGGCACUCGGCCCGGAUGUUCUGCACCCCUUACUCUUCAAAGAAGGUGUCCAGGUCUUGAAUGAACAGUUACAACAAGACUUAGAACGAUAUAUGAAGUUGAGCGAUGGGGCUUCGCGCAUUUUGUCCAUGGCCCAGAACCCACGACAUCGCCUGGAUGCUGCCAAAACACUGUUCGUUAGCAACACCCAGCUUAUGGCUUGUCUGCGCCAAGUGCAACGGGAAAAGGUGGAUGCUGCCUACCGGGCUAGUUCUCUUGGUGACUGGUCACCUCCCACGGAUGCGGGCAAGUCUAAACCGAUUCCUGCCAGUACCGCCCAGCCUGGACUGGCUAGACUCCUCCUUUCUGAUAUACGGAUUCCGUUGCUUUGGCGAGAUGCUCCACUCGGGAGCAACAUGACCUUCUUGAUGAACCGCCUUUUCCCCCCAACCUCAAUUCUCCCUGGCGGGUUGUUAACCGGGGCUGGUGAUAUCGCGGACAAAGCGGAUUCCAACGACCCAUGCGAUGGUUACAGCGUAUUUUGUCUGGUGCAAAUCGGGAACGCCAUAAAAGACACGCGUCUAGUGUUCGAUAUCACACCAGGCGUGACCGACGUGGAGUUUGAAGACAAGCUGAUGUUUGAGAACGUGUCCCCAGACUUUCGGUGUACAAUUGACGUUUAUGCGUGCCCCCGAUUUGCGUUCAAGGGAUCGAUGGUACAGUCGCGUCGUCGCGCUCAGAUUAUGGACAAUUUGCGGAAGACACUUGAUCAGGCAAGUUGCUCACAAUUUGCAUUGUUUUGUUCCCUUCUCUUGCUUGGCCCUCAUCACACAAGAACGUUACCCCAUGUGAAUGGGGCUUUGGGUGAUUCUCUUUCCCCCAGCUACUUUGAUCUGGUGGCCCGGUGCACUGCCACCUUGGCCGAUGUUGGAAGCUCCAUACGUGCCCACACCCUUGAGAGAGGAUCUCAGCUAACCAAUACUGUUCCCGAGAACAACUGUUCCGACGUGCUGUCCGACAUUCCUGUCGGUGUAGAUCAGAACGGAGGAGCUAAAGGCCCUACCUUACUUCAUACUACCGAUCCGCCAUCGGUAGCCGUCCAGAACCUGAACGAUUUACCUCUUUUUGGCAAUAUUUGUUAUCGCCUGACUGCCCAACCGAAUUCGGCCCAUUCACCUCUGCAUUCCGGCUACAUGUGGAUACGUAAACUCACAGCAUCCCCAGUUCAAUCGCCGGCCAAGCUGUACAGCUGCGAGCUGAAGGAUCGAUACCUAUGGGCGUAUCCAGUGGAGGCAGUUAUAGAUCAAGAAGAGGAUAUCUCCAACGGACCAGUUAAAGUAAACGGAGAACCCUCUCCUUACAUCCAACCUAAACUUCGCUUGGAUAUGCUCACAAAGGAUCAUCCGGACGGGGAUAUGCCGACGGACGUUGCACGGCAACCUAAUGUUUUCGAUAAUGAUGUGUUCGUCGCUCCGGAAGAGUCUAACUACGGUGCUACUCCCCCUUCAGCAGAAGGUAUCCGAUCACGAAUUAUGGCUAGUUCUCAGUGCCGCCUGAAGUUGGCCAUUACACCGAAAACCCUGUUCCUCGAUGUGAAACCGGUUAGUCGCCUUAUCCAUGUGCUCUUGCCCCAAGUUAGCAGGCGCAGCCGAUCGACUGUGGUGAAUAGUGAGUCUGUAUCAACAUCCCGUCUGUUGGAUAAUAGGUUGGUCGUGUCAAGACGUUUGUCAGUUAGUUCACAAUGCCUAAUGGAAAACACGUCGCCAGUACGGGAUUCACCAGCAGAAUUACCACCGAGUUUAAAUACCUUCUCGCCAAGUGACGAUGUAUAUCCCGUGUGCAGCAGAUCGUUGACAAACCUGCGAACUUCCAGUGAACCUCCGUACAAACCACCAAGCUGGAAGUCGAUGGAAUGUGUUACCUGUGUUCGCAUACCAUCUUCAAGUUCCAUUUGUGCGCGAAAACCAUCGACCUCAACUCGCCAAAUGGUCCUCACUCCGACUGAACCUGCACCAGUUUGUGUUCCACUUUCUCUCGAAGCUGUUGCUUCCUCCGUUCUGCCUGCUGAUACUGCAGCCAAACGAUCUAGCAUUUCUACAGUGGACAGCAGUCUUAAUCCUCGUUACUCCCUUUGUUCAAGGUUAGGCGUUCCGCGACAUCGUUUAGCGCAUCAACAACUUUUGUCUCGAAAAUCACGGUCUCUGGACUUCCCACAGGUUACUGCGCACGCAUCACGACUAUACAAUGUUCUUCGACUUUCUCAAGAGGCACUUUCUGAACCCGUUCCUCCGGAGACUGAUAAAGUUGGUCAGUCCACUACUCCAGAGAAGGCUACUUGUAUGGGGACUGACGCUACGAGUUCUACAUCGCUCUCCCGAGAUUCUCCGGACGACGUUCUUUUUUCCACCUUCCGCAUUGCAACUAAUGGUUUGUCGUCUCAUGAUUUCCACGUGGACCUUCGACGAACUUCGUGGCAUGACAGCCAUAAUAACCGAAAUGGGGAUAAUCUCGGAAAAGUCAGAAUGACUACUAUUGCGGAACUGUACGAAUUCGCCGUGUGUACCACUCCAUCAAUAAUCCGACUGGUGCGGGACGCGUGUAGACCAAGCCAUGGACUGGAGAACGAGAGUGAGGCAUUAAUUUGGCUCGACCUCCUGCACAAACACGUAGAAGAGCAGAAAACAUGGGGUUGGACUGGUUCAUCCCAUGACCCCCCGGUGUUUCCGUGACAUUUUCUCACCCGAUCCGGACAGUUGGCUCCACAGACGAACCACCAUAGUCGAGCCUCGGCUUACCCGACGCUACAUCGGACAAGUCCAACUCAUUCCACCAACCGCCGCUCAUAACCUCCUUUUUUAACUGUCAGAGUGCAAUCGUCAACUGUAAUUCUUCUCGUUUUACUCUACGUUUCCACCUACUUUCGUUCCUCUUUGGACAGCGUUCUCUUGAGGCAUAUUUUUGUAUUUUCUCUACUUUGUCUAACUCGGCCAAGCUAAUAUGCCAAUCCAUUGUCGGAUGGGCACCAUUGUUGUUCUCCUGCUUGCGAACUAAAUGUUUCUUUUGCUUGUUUAUCGAUUGUCAAACCGCUGGCACUCGAAUGCGCCCAUCUUGUUUCUUUCGCUGAAAAUAGUGCUGGCC